CUGCCCAUCCCUGCCCCUCCUCCCUGCAACCCUCCCUCCCUCUCUCUUUCUCUCUCUCUCUCUCCAUCAUCAUCAUCAUCAUCCUUUUAGACAGAUUACACCUCCUACUUCUGCCAUUUCAUCACUGCAUUGCCUUGGUUCACUACAAAGCUACUUCUUACAGAGAGAGAAACAGAGCAACAGAUGUUGUUUCUUGUGUUGUAUUAACAUGGCCUGACACUUUAGGAUGUGACUUCACAACCCAUUCUUGCAACCUCUCUUACCUCUCAUGCUCAUUCCAGCCCUCAGGCUUCAUUGGAGUGUUCAUGGAGCCUGUUUGGAGUUUGCUACCCUUGCUCUUCUUCCUCUUCUCUGUUGCUUUCUCUGUUGCUUCUGUUCAUGCUGCUGGUGAUUCCAAUGAUGGAUUGACACUCUUGGAAAUCAAAAAAUCCUUUCGCAACGUUGAUAAUAUAUUAUAUGACUGGACUGAUGCACCGUCUUCUGAUUAUUGCUCAUGGAGAGGAGUUACUUGUGACAAUGUAACCUUUGAUGUUGUUGCACUUAAUUUGUCUGGAUUGAAUCUUGACGGUGAAAUCUCACCGGCCAUUGGAGAUCUGAAAAGCCUUGUCUCUAUUGACUUGAAGGGAAACCGAUUGUCCGGUCAAAUCCCCGAUGAGAUCGGUGAUUGCUCUUCUUUGAAAACAUUGGACUUGUCUUUUAACAACAUUGAUGGUGAUAUACCAUUUUCGAUAUCAAAGUUGAAGCAGUUGGAGGAUUUGAUUUUGAAGAACAACCAACUAAUCGGGCCAAUACCUUCGACUCUCUCUCAAAUUCCAAAUUUGAAGAUUUUAGACCUUGCUCAAAACAAUCUGAGUGGAGAUAUACCUCGGCUCAUCUACUGGAAUGAAGUUCUGCAAUACUUGGGUUUGCGAGGAAACAAUCUUGAAGGGACUUUAUCUCCCGACAUGUGUCAACUAACCGGCUUAUGGUACUUUGAUGUUAAAAAUAAUAGUUUGUCGGGAACAAUACCGCAGAGUAUUGGAAACUGCACCAGUUUUCAGGUUUUGGAUUUGUCCUACAACAAGUUCACCGGAGAAAUUCCAUUCAACAUCGGGUUCUUGCAAGUUGCAACUUUAUCCUUGCAAGGGAACAACUUUUCGGGGAAUAUUCCAUCAGUGCUUGGUCUAAUGCAGGCACUUGCAGUUCUAGAUCUCAGUUGCAAUCAACUAGAUGGACCGAUACCUCCUAUUUUGGGCAACUUAACAUAUACUGAAAAGCUGUAUUUGCAAGGCAAUAGAUUGACUGGUCCUAUUCCCCCGGAACUUGGUAACAUGACCCGGCUUCAUUAUCUGGAAUUGAACGACAAUCAACUCACUGGGCGUAUUCCACCAGAGCUCGGGAAGCUCACUGAUUUGUUUGAUCUGAAUGUUGCCAACAACAAUCUCGAAGGGCUUCUCCCUCAAAACUUGAGCUCAUGUGUCAAUCUCAACAGUCUGAAUGCAUAUGGAAACCGAUUGAAUGGAACGAUACCGCGUGCCUUGGAAAAUCUUGAAAGCAUGACAUACUUGAAUCUGUCAUCAAACAAUCUGAAAGGCCCGAUUCCAAUUGAAUUAUCGAAAAUAAGCAAUUUGGAUACUCUGGAUCUCUCAUGUAACAAGAUUAGUGGCCCCAUUCCUUCUUCAAUUGGUGACCUUGAGCAUCUACUGAAGCUAAAUUUAAGCAAUAACGGUAUCGUUGGUUGUAUUCCAGUGGAGUUUGGAAAUUUGAGGAGUGUAAUGGAAAUAGAUUUAUCAAACAAUCACCUUUCAGGUGUAAUCCCACAAGAACUUGGAUUGCUGCAGAAUCUGAACCUACUGAAUAUUGAUAGGAAUAAUUUAUCAGGCGAUAUAAUGUCUCUAACCAACUGCUUCAGUCUCAAUGUAUUGAAUGUCUCGUACAACAACCUCGCCGGUGAUAUUCCUACUCUCAAUAACUUCUCUCGGUUUUCACCAGAAAGCUUCAUUGGAAAUCCCGGCCUUUGUGGAUAUUGGCUGGGCUCACCAUGCCGCUCUUCUCAUCCUCCCCCGAGAGCUACAAUCUCGAAGGCUGCCAUUCUUGGAAUUGCCCUUGGUGCUCUUGUUAUCCUUCUAAUGAUUCUAGUUGCCGCGUGUAGACCACACAAUCCACCUCCUUUCAUCGAUACCACUCUGAACAAACCAGCAGUUCGACCGGUGUCACCAAAACUUGUUAUUCUUCAUAUGAACAUGGCCCUUCAUGUAUAUGAAGACAUCAUGAGGAUGACGGAGAACUUGAGUGAGAAGUACAUCAUUGGUUACGGCGCAUCAAGCACCGUCUACAAAUGCGUGCUAAAGAAUUGCAAACCGGUAGCCAUUAAGAAGCUCUACAUGCACUAUCCGCAUAGCCUGAAAGAAUUCGAGACCGAGCUUGAAACAGUUGGGAGCAUCAAACACCGAAAUUUAGUUAGUCUUCAAGGGUAUUCGUUAUCUCCAUCCGGCAAUUUACUCUUCUAUGAUUACAUGGAGAAUGGCAGUCUUUGGGACCUUCUACAUGGUCCUUCUAAGAAGAAAAAGCUAGAUUGGGAGACCCGAUUAAAUAUCGCACUCGGAGCAGCACAAGGUCUGGCUUAUCUGCAUCAUGACUGCAGCCCAAGGAUAAUCCACCGCGAUGUGAAAUCGUCGAACAUACUCUUGGACAAAGAUUUCGAGGCUCAUCUCACCGACUUCGGCAUUGCUAAGAGUUUGUGUGUAUCUAAGACUCACACAUCCACCUACGUUAUGGGCACCAUCGGCUACAUUGACCCCGAGUAUGCUCGAACCUCUCGCCUAAACGAGAAGUCCGAUGUUUAUAGCUACGGCAUUGUUCUCCUCGAGCUACUUACCGGGAAAAAAGCAGUGGAUAAUGAAUCCAACCUCCAACACUUGAUACUUUCAAAGGCUGCAACCAAUGCAGUAAUGGAGACCGUUGAUCCUGACAUUUCUGCAACUUGCAAGGACCUCGGCGCGGUAAAAAAAGUCUUUCAAUUAGCACUCCUCUGCACAAAGAAACAAUCUUCCGAUCGUCCUACAAUGCAUGAAGUUACCCGUGUGCUCGGUAGCCUUGUCCAACCACUCCCGCCACCAAAACAAGCACAACAACUUGCCUUACUGCCCUUACCGACGACGGACUCCGCCUUACCAAGCUACAUGAACGAGUAUGCGAACCUGAAGAACCCGACCGCGUUAACGUGCACGGCGUCGUUAAGUUCAUCGGAUGCUCAGUUGUUUCUCAAAUUUGGGGAGGUGAUUUCACAGAACACAGACUAAUGGUUUGUUGUUCUUGUCAUGGAUUUGUGUCUUCUUUUGGGAUAUGAAUUGGAGUGAGAUGUUUCAGUGUUGGUACUUGUAAAUUUUAGUGUUCAAGAGUUGCAAACUUUGGUGGGUGUUUUGGAAUACUAAAAUAGCCGUUAUAUAUA